AUGGUACAAGUAGUGAAUGUUGACGGAACACGUAUCUGGGCUCGAGCUUUACUGGAUGGAGGUUCACAGAUCAACAUUGUUACGGAACGAUUGGUACAGCUGUUGAGAGUCCAGAAGAGGAACGAGCAUCAUCUGCUUGGUGGAAUAGGGAAGGCACAGCAUUCGUCUCAUCAUUCUGUGAGCCUUGCUAUCCACUCUCACUGCUCUACCUUCAAGGCAAGCUGGAAGUUCCAUGUGCUGCGAGAAGUGACGUGGGACCAGCCAGCACAUGCAGUCAAUCCGGAAGGAUUGAACCUACCGAAGGGAGUGACGUUGGCGGAUCCUCAUUUCUAUGAGCCAGGGCCAAUUGAUCUACUUAUUGGGCGAGAAGGUUACAACGAUCUACUUUUGGGUAACAUUCUUCGGUUGAAUAGCCCAAAACUACUACUGCAAAACACGGAGCUGGGUUGGAUUGUCUCAGGUCAGGUAAGCCAAGGUCUAACACACUCUUCCUUAGUGCUCAACGUCAUGACGCUGAAUGACCAACUAAGCCGGUUUUGGGAACUGGAAGGCUGCUACUCCCCUGCGAUGUUAUCCGUCGAGGAAGCUGAGUGUGAGGCAGCAUUUGUACAAACAACUUCACGAGACCACGAAGGCCGUUUCGUGGUAGCCUUACCAACGCGUACUGAAAGGCUUAAUCAACUAGGUGACUCUUAUGAAGCUGCAUCACGGCGGCUACAAUCGCUCUGUAGGCGAUUAAAUAUCGACUCGAAAUUGAAGCAGGAAUAUUCUAAAUUCCUACAGGAGUAUCUCGAUCUAGGACACAUGGAAGAAAUUCCAUCUGACCGCCAAGACAUUGGAAAGACGUAUUACAUGCCGCAUCAUUGUGUAGUACGACCCGACAGCCUCACGACUAAGCUAAGAGUCGUAUUUGAUGCAUCCAGUUCUACGGAUACAGGGGUAUCCUCAACGAUGCACUGA